CCCUCCUCCCCCCCAUCCCCGCUCCCCUCGGGCGCCGGCGCCCGCCGCCAGCGAUGAGCGAUGACGCCCCGCCGCCCCCGCUACCGAAGUCCAGGUCAAACAAGAUGUCCGCCGCCCGCGGCGGCUGCGUGCCGACCGACUACGUCCCGAGCUUCCUCGGCAUGGGCGGCGCGGCGGGGCCUCCAGCGGACGCCCUGCCCCUGCCGGCCGCCCUGCCGGGCCCCGCCACGACCGCCCCUGCCGUCGCGGCCGCGACCGCCACAGCCCAGGACGCCGUAACGACUGCGUCUGCCCAGGCCGCUGUAACGACCGUCACGGCCGCGGCCGCGGCGGCCGUGGAAGACAGCGGGUAUGCGGGCACGGCCGCGGCCGCGCAGUCGGCCUUCGCGGGGGUGCUGGAGCAGGCGAGGGGGGCGGCGAGGGGGGCGGCGACCAGCGGCCUCGACCUCCUGCUGCACAAGGCGCUGCAGAAGGUCGGGGAUCGGGUGCGGGAGGCGGCCGUGGCCGACCCAGACAUGCCGAGCGUCGUGAAGAGGGCGACGGGCAGGGUCGUCGAUGAGGUCUGGGAGGACGUCGUGGCGUACGUGGUAACAACAGCGGACGAGACCGUCCAGUCACAGAGGGGCCUGGCCGAGACAGAAUGGAGCAAGCUCAGCGACAUUGGGCCCCUCUGGGUGUGCAGCCCGCGCUGGUGGCGGGGGCAGCUACUCUACGCCUACCUGCCCUUCGACCGGAGCAUAUGGGGCCAGAUGAGGAAUCCCCUUUUCUGGCUGAUGACCGCGCUGAGCCUGUAUCCCUACUGGGGUGUCCGUGCGGUCUAUUUUGCCUCACUGCUGGUAUUGAUCCAGGCCGGCAUGCCAGCCGAUACGUACCAGCUUUGUGCUUUCAUCAUCGCUCUGAAGGGCUCGCAGUUUAUCUCCAGCGGCGUAGUGAUGGGCUUGCUGACUGCGUUCAAGUACUACCUGUGCGUCUAUCCUGGCUCCCGCCACACCUGUGACCUGUACGGGCCCGGCGCGAACCAGUCGUCGCUCCACAGCUCGAUCGACAUCCUGGGCAGCUGCGCCGUUCUCUGGACCGCCUUCUGGCUCCUGCCCUACAGCUACAAGUACGACGGCACGCCCCCGCCCGACUUCUUCUUGCCGCCGGGGGACGAGGAGAAGCCAGAGCCUGCGGUAGCUUCUCUGGGUGGUGCCACGCCUGGCUACAAGUCCGUAUUCGGGAGGCGGGUGAGGUACGACUCGGAGCGAGGAGGUCGAUUGAGCGACCUGAUGAAAUACGACGUGAUCGUGUUCGCAAUUAGUUUGGUGGCGAUGGUAUGUCUGCUGUGUUACGACUACUACCGCUGGGUAAAAUUACACGGCACACAGCUGUCGCAGGAGGAACGACAGGCCCUCGGGCUCCCUGACGGGGAUGAUGGGCAGGCCAGUUCACAGCGUUCGAUACGCGUCUCAUUGUAUUUCGCCCGCAUGAUAUACGCCCUCCUAUGCGCCCCCUUCACAGUAUUCCUGCUGCCCGGGCUGGUCUACGUGCUGCUCCAUGUCAACCCGACGGGCUACAACAGGCAGGGCGCUUGCGUGCCCGUCACCAUGCCGCCCGUGCCGGAGGAGGCCGACGCGGGCGUCGCGGCGGCCCCGCAGGAGGUGGACGCUGCCGGCACGCCGCAAGCGAGCGCUGCAUUGUCCAGCUCCGCCGCGGCUGCGGCGGCGGCCCUCGCGCCAGGGACACAGCUCCUGUCCGGAGCGGCCGCGCAGGGGCAGUCCUGGCUCGCCGCGCACGGCAUCGCUGGCAACCUCGCGGGCGGCCCCGCGGCCGCGUCCGCGGAGGCGCAGUCGCUGCUGGGCGCCGCGGGCGCCUCGCCGCAGGGAGUGGCCGCGGAGGCGCAGUCGCUGCUGGGCGCCGCGGCCGCCUCGCCGCUGGCCUCGCAGGCGAAGGCCUGGGCGCACCGCCCGGGCUUCCUCGGCGGCGCUGGGCCCGCGGGGCACUGACGCGGACACCGCGCGACCGGCCGCGCCGUGCCUCCCGCGCGUCGGCGCCCUGCGGCGGCGGUGGCCGCGCUCCUGGCGCCGAGGAGGAGGAGGAGGAGGAGGAAGAGAGGGAGUUCAGGGAGCGGCCUGGGAUCUUUACCGCGAGCGCGGCCGAAAGUCUGGCGCGUGCCUCGACGGUGUCACAUUACCCAGCUCUGCAGAUGUCGU